UCAGACGGCUCACAGUGAGCGCUUCCGACUCGAAAGAGCUCUCUUCCCGUCCUGAUCAUAUCAUAUCUCAGCCCAAGAUGAACAACCUCACCAGACUGAGCAGGUUCACGAUCUGUCGGAGUUGGAGCCGGGGUCUCCCGCGGUCGUUUGCAACGACCUCGUUCUUGCGCAAUGCUCCGCCCACCGGCUCACCCAGCAGCACUGCCUCCGCGCCCUCGCCGGCAACGCCUCCGCCGCCAAAACGAUACAAGCGAAUAGUCUACGUCGAAGAAGAAGACACGCGGCCUGAGAUAAUCCAAAAGAUCUCGCGCGUGAUUAACCUGGUGAAGAACACGUACUAUGGCUACGCACACAGGAACCCGUUCUUGUUCUACGGGCUGCCGUUCAUGACGUUCAUGGUCCUCGCCUCGUUCUAUCUGACUGAGUUCACCGAGAUCCGAUACAAGGCCUACGAUAGAGCGCGCACUCUGACGCCGGAAUCCGAACUCAUACCGAGUACAAAACAGGCUCGUAAGCCUUUAAGUCAAGAGACUAGAGAGGAAUACUACGAACGGCAAAUGAAGCUGCUAAAUACUAAUGACGCAAAGACCGAUUAUGACAUGAAACGCAUCGAACGACGGGCAGAGGAGCCUCCGGUAAGAUGGUAGUGCCUAGCCUUACACAACUACUAUCACUAGUCAAUCUUGUACAAAUCUCAAAUCAUUAAUACUAAAACAUCAAACUUUUGUACAUCUCCUCUAUCGCUUCUUAUACAAGCAAGGCUUAAGCAACGGCGCUCCGUUCGCCGUCCCCUCAUCCUCAUCCUCCGACUCUUCGAUAAACUUGAGCUUCUUCCUCUUAUUCGAAGAUCCCU